GUGAGCUAAUUCCGACCGCCAUUUUGAAUUUUGAGGAAGUGAGGCAGGUGAGAAAGCGUUGCUUAUUUCACUCCGUGAGUACAUAAUGUGAAAACUCGGGGAAACUUAACAAAAUAACGAUGGGAUUUCUCAGGUGUGCCUUCACCUGCGUGAUUCUGGCCCUGUUUUUCGUCUGGACCGGAUCAGGGAGAAGUGUUUUUGAAUGGAUGAGGCCAGACAAUUUUGAUGAGAUUAUGGACAAGUUGUCUUCUGUGACCCAGGAGAACUGUCGCUCCAAACCCAAACAUGAACUGGAGCUUCCCGGCGCGUCAGUGUCGCAAAAACCGCGCUACAACAUGCUUCUUACUUCAGUGAUAUACUCCAACAGAUCUCAACUUCUUCAUCUGCACAACAUGGCCUUGAACAGGGCUCAUUACUAUAGUUUUAUCUACCAGAGACUCAACAGAUCUGUAGAUUUCAACUUUCAGCCUGGACUGAUGUACUUGUAUAUGUCGGCAACAGCCGAUGUGACUGCUAGUGAAGGAUUCCUUAACGGUUCCGCAAUCUUUUUUGACAAUCAUUGUUAUUAUCCUAACUGGUAUAACAAAAUUUUAGAUUUCAACAAAACCACGCCAUUGUUUGGUCCAAAAGCGUGGAGGGAGGAUGAUUACGCUGAAACAACGAACUAUCUCCGGGAACCCACGAACAGGACGGUGGAUAUUCAUGAUUACGGGGCUGGGUGGAACAAGAACUACUCGAACCAGGCCUACAAAACAGCCCCAUGGUACUCUCCGUGGAUGCCAGAUAUCACAGGAGAACAGGAUUCAUUGACUAAGUUUACUUAUGUAGUGGGUAUAAAAUUUUCAAACAAAACGGGGACGUUUAUAGAUAACGAGUUUGUGGCAAUUCCAUAUUUUGGUCCGCCACAGCCUGGAAUUAACGACCGAGAGGAGAAUUCUCCGUCACUUCCGGUGCAGUGGAGCAAACCUUACUUCGACUGUGGACGGUCCAACAAGUGGAUAGUAACAGCCAGCGCACCUGUUGUAGAGUACAUGCCGCGAUACUCUCCAUUCAUUCAUUUACGUAGACCAAGAACUGUAGCAGUAUCAGCCAUGGAUAUAGAGUUUGAGAGAAUAGAUAUUAACCCGUGUCCCAUCAGUGAUGGCAAUCCAGAACCAAAUUUCUUUGCUGGCACGGCCAGAUGUAAACCUACCACAAUGUGCGAAGUGAUACCUGGUUAUGGAUUCCGUCGGGGCGGUUACCAGUGUGUUUGUAAGCCCGGAUAUUACUACCCGUGGUGGCACGACGGACCUUUCCUUGGGAUAGAAAUUGAGCAGGCCACCGGGUCCGAAUACGACGCUUGGUUUGAUUGCCUGGCCGUGGAAGAACAAAUGGUGCCUCCCAAUGAGAUGCCAAGUUUUGUGGAAAGAAAGAAGAGAUCUACACUCCAGGACCGAUUUGUUGACGUAAUUUCUUCUGCUGACUCUAGCCCGCGUGUUUCAAUGGGAAAACUAUCUACUACGGAUAAUGCAGGGAAAAGACAAAAACGGUCUGCCUCAAAGAAGGUCAAUAAGUUGGUGGCAAAGAGAUCCGCAUUUAAAACAGUCAAGGAAAGAAUGCAGGAGCGAAGAUUUAUACCACGGUACCCAGGAGAGAAGAGAUUUAUGAGGCACAAACGUGAUCUAUUUGAUCAAGAAAUGUACGCAAGAAUGGAAAAGAUUAUAUACCGAAAGCAGACCACGAAUAAAGAGAAUUGUAUGACAAAGCCAGAUUAUGAGUUGUACUUACCGGGGGAUGCAGGGUAUGGCGCUGACAAACGAUUUGAAGCCGAAGCCCGCACUGCGUUGAGGUUGGCACAUUUCUUGUGUGAUUUCCUUCAAAACAUCGACGAAUAUGAAGACUUCGGAAGCGUAAGGGGAGACAAGAGAUUAAACGAGACACACAUAUUUGGUGAGGUUCUCGCUAACGUCAUGAGCAACUUUAAAAUUCUAGGCAGUGGCGUUUUCUUUGACCGCUACAAGUUCCGAAUGUCGCCACCUGUUAACAACACGGAUCCCCGAUUUGUACAUGGUAUCACUCGGGAGUACUUCGGACCUUUUGCAUACACGUACAUGUCUGCAGAUACGGACGGAUUGGAAAAGUUCCGCGCUAUAGACUAUGCUGGUCUGAAAUCUCCAUAUACUCAAAAGAUGUGGUUCAGAGACUUGAAGGCCAGGUGGCAGACGAACUUCGAGGGCCUGAAGCAAUACACCGCUAAACCUAUGGUUCGUUCAGAUCCUAAUGGCACUAGUUUAGUGAGAUGGGAGCACUACCCAUUAAAGUAUUUUGCUCCAAAGUAUGAACACGGAGAGUGGCUGAGGCCUACCUUUAAAUGCGAUGGAAUGGUGGAUGAGUGGGUUGUCACAUACAUCGCACCAUUCUUUGGAACAAAUGCAUUAAAGACUCGACUAGAAUUCCAUGGAGUGGUAACAGUUGAUGUCAAGUUAGACUUCUUAGAAAUCCACCAAUGUCCUGGAGAUUAUUCCGUGGCGAACGCAUUUAAAAACACGGCGCGUUGUCACUUUAAAUCGCAAUAUUGUGUACCGUUACCUCUACAGACCCCUACCCAGCGCUACCUCCGAGGGGGGUACAAGUGCGAGUGUCGUCAAGGUUACGAGUACCCCUUCAACGACCUCAGUUGGUUCUUUGAUGGUCAGAUGAUGGAAGAGGAAUAUAACAAAAUGUUACGAGGAGAGCCCAAUAGAUACGACACGCUGAAAUGCAGGAUAGCUGGAGCGGACGCCAUUACAUUUAGCUGGGUUCUUCUCUCAUUGUCUUCUUUUAUCUAUCUUCUCUGGACUCGUAUCUAAAUAUCACAGUGCAUUUUCUAAUUAAAAUCUUUCUUUUUUGUU